GUCCAAGAAUUCAAAGCGGAGAAAAGAAAGAAGCUCUUGGCAAUGCUUGAGCAAGCCAAGAAGAGAAAGGCCGAGCAGCUGCCCGAGGACGGCCUUCCUGAAACUUCCCUGCCAGCACGUACGGAACCUUUCAACGCCGGCCACCCGAAGCCACAAGGGACAGUUCCCCAGCCCACGGCCCCGAAUCCGGGAGCCGCUGACCAAAAAGGCAGCGAGAUUAGGAUGCUUGAGCCCACGGCCCCGAAUCCGGGAGACGCUGACCAAAAAAACAGCGAGAUUAGGAUGCUUGAAGAGCAACUCCAGGCUCUGAAAGCUGGCAAAGAGAAGUCCAUCUUGGACUCAGUUGCCAGGCAAUCCAUGGACAAGGCCGACAAGGCCUUGGAAGAGCUCGGCUGGAAGGUGCAUGCCGAAAAGGAGAAGCCGCCCACGCAGGUGUCAACAGUGCCGGCCAAAGCCAACGGUGAACAGCUGUCUGCUCCUGCAGAAGUUGAGCUGCCCGCCGCAAAAGUGCAACAGCAGGUUGCAGAGUCGAUGGAGCACGAUUCUGGCUCUGGCUACACUCGCCGUGCAGCUGCUAACCUCCUGAAGAGACUCUCGAACAACCCGGCUCGGCUGCUGUCCUUGCCGCCGGCUCUGACUGCUGCCGUGCAAGACGACGAUCAGAAGUCGGCCUUGAUCGACGCCUUGGUGCAAUCAGCCGGCUCCCUCGAGCAGGUGGCCGCCCACUACCAUAUCGAGAGUGUGCAGGAGAAGGCCCGCAAAGAGAGAGCCAAACUGACGCCUCUUACGGCCAUCCAGCUGGAGAAGAUGUACGGCUCGGACGCUCCAAGAGUCAUGCGGGAAAAGCAGGAGCAGGGCUUGGUUCAAGACGAUCCGAACCUCACGGGUGCCAAGCUGUAUCUGCACUCUUUGUCGACGAGGGAAGUCGAGACGAACUCCCUGGACCGUGCCAUCGAUCGGCAGUGGCUCUGCCCCAUCGACGCCGGCCAGAACUCCGCCUGGAACUCCGGCUUCGAAUCCUACUCCGUCAUGGCCAAGGUGACUGAGACACACAAGAUGAUUACUCAGCUCAAGGGCAACGUCUACGCUGCGAAAUGUUUGGAGGAGCUGACGGCUUAUGAGCAGAAGUUCCAGAAUGUGUGGGACCAGGUCAGCGACCUGAUGAAGAAACAGGUUGAGGACGAGCAGCUCUACCUCCCUUUGGGCCGCGAGUUCCUUGUGCUGAAGCAGGAGUCCGAUCGAACCAUCAAGACGGCCGCCUCACUGAUCAAAGCUGCCAACUUAGCCUUGGGCCCGACCAAGGAACCCAAAGCCAAGGCUAGCAGAAAGAGGAAAGACAAGCAGUAG